CAAAUUUCACUCUAUGGUGUAUAUAAAGCCAGCGACAAUUGAUCGUACUGCAUCAUUCACCGUACCAAGUGCAUCGUGCGAUCAUCUGCCCACAUUGGGAAAAGUCAAACGGAACGCCGCAGCCAAAACGAUAAACAUCAGUAUCAACGAUGAAGCUUCUGAUUGUGUCCUUUGCUCUGUUCGUUCUGGCUGUGACGCUCGUGUCCGCACUGCCAGCCGUCCAGGAUGAGUCCAUUCUUGGUGGGGACGUGUACGAAGCGGAAGUGGACAGUUUCAACCCGCAAGAUCCGCAAGCCUUCCUGAAGCUGAAGAAGUUGAAGAAGUUGCUAUUCCUCGGUUAAAUGCUGUUCCGCGUAGUUUGUACGAAGUUCUUCAAGCCAUACAUUAAUGCGGUCCAGUGCUGCUUGACUCCAGUCUUUCUGUAAAAUAAUGCAGAAAUAUGCGUAAUGUAGCAGCACCAUAUCCAUUUCAUUUGCAAAGAUGUCAUUCUUCCAGAGAGCACUUAGGAUCUUGAGAGUUUGUAAUUAACGUUUUGUUUUACAAUUCCGCCCACCUUUAUCAUACACCAUUUUUUUUAAUUAAAUAUACACUUUUAUUUUGUUA